UUUCGCCUCUUCCGCCUCCUGCCCACCGCCGGCAUGCUCGCCGUCUCGCCCCAUCCCCGCCUCCCUCUACUCCCCGGCGUCUGCCCCAUCCUCUCUUUUCCCUUCCAGUUCCCUUGCCGCCGCUACCGCUCCACCACCAGCCGCCUCCGCUGUGGUCUCCGCCCCCUCUGUCGCCUCCGCGCGGACGCCAUGGCCGGGCGGCGCGCGGGCAUCGUGAUCGACGUGGAUAAGGUGGCAGAGACCGGCGACCUAGACCUCCCUGUGGAUGUAUCGUUCACGAGGAGGCUGCCCCCUGCGCUCACUGUCGGUGACGGUCUCGACGCGCUGCGGCGGGCUGCAGCUGAGGUCAAGGCCAGCCCGCCUGCUGGCGCCAGGAGCGGCGUGAUCAGGUUCGAGGUACUUGUUCCACCCAGUACAAAGGCGCUUAAGUGGUGCUCUCAGUUUAGGGGAUCAUCAUUGUUUCCUCAGUUUUAUUUAUCGAGGAAGCUAACCUCUUGUCCAUCAUUUCAACUUGAAACCUGUGGCAUUGGGUCUGCAAUUUGCUUGCACGGUUCCUACCUAGGAAAACAUGGAUUUGAUUUAGUAUUGAGAUAUAUUUCUUCUGAUUCACACUUGAUAAGGGCUUAUGGAUUUGUAGGCAUGAAAUAUGACGAGGAAUUGUCGUCCAUAGAGGAGAAACUUGGCUCAUAUUACUUCUUCAUCCCUCAGGUUGAAUUGAGCGAGUUUGAUAGUUGUUCCAUACUAUCAUCAACCAUGGUUUGGGAUGACUCUGUUUCUCAUACAUUCAAGGAUGCUGUUUCUUUAUUUGAAUCUUGCUUUGAUCAGAUACAAAAUAGCUAUGAUUCUUCAGACAACAUUUGUCACAAAGGUCUGGUACCGAGUUACAUUUCUGGAGAUGCACAUUUGUCAGAGACUGGGAAUCCUCAGCUGGUGUAUUUGGAUGCAGAACUGCUCGCCACAAUAGAUGCCAAAGCUGAUGUGCUAAAGGAGAAGUUUCUGACUUCUGACCAGUCUUUUGUUAGAUUUUCACCACAGUUCUUCUUUUGUUCAAACAUGGACUUAUGCUUGCAACACAAGACAGAAUCUUUCAUCAAGGGCUCCUCUAACAUAAAUUUGGUAUGGGCAUCCCUUAUAGUUGAAGAAUGUGUUAGGCUUGGUUUCACGUACUUCUGUAUAGCUCCAGGUUCAAGAUCAUCCGCACUUGCACUUUCUGCUACAUGCCAUCCUUUGACAACAUGCAUAUCAUGUUACGAUGAGCGGUCACUUGGAUUUCAUGCUCUUGGCUAUGGGAGAGGUUCUCGAAAACCAGCAGUAGUAAUCACAUCAUCAGGAACCGCUGUAUCAAAUCUUCUUCCUUCAGUGGUCGAGGCAAGUGAAGAUUUCAUACCAAUUAUAUUACUCACAGCUGAUCGUCCUCCUGAGUUGCAUGAUGCUGGAGCUAACCAAGCCAUCAAUCAGGUCAAUCAUUUUGGUACCUUUGUAAGAUAUUUUUUUAAUCUCCCUCCACCUACUGACCAAAUUCAUGCAAGAAUGGUUCUCACUACACUUGAUUCAGCAGCCUACUAUGCAAUGCAAGCUCCACAAGGCCCAGUGCAUAUAAACUGUGGUUUUAGAGAACCACUAGAUUACACUAAUCGAGAUUGGAAUAUUGACUGUUUGAGAGGUUUGGAUAAGUGGUUUUUAAAUAGUGAACCAUAUACCAGAUACCUAAUAAUGAAAACAGUUUCUGCAUUCGGGAAUUAUUCUAGUUCAGUAAUGGAGAUUCUGGAGAUUGUAGAGAAGGCGGAUCAAGGGCUUCUAUUAGUUGGUGCUCUUCAUACAGAUGAUGACAUGUGGGCCGUGGCUUUACUAGCUAGGCACCUUUCCUGGCCAAUUGCUACUGAUAUUCUGUCUGGACUGCGAUUGCGGAAAGCAGUAAAUUUGGUCCCAGGGCUUGAUAAGAGCAUUUUAUUUAUAGACUACAUCGAUCAAAUUCUAUUGUCUGAUUCUGCUAAAAACUGGAUAAGCCCAGAUGUUGUUGUUCAGAUUGGCAGCCGUAUUACUAGCAAACGAGUGGGAAUGUUUCUCGAGACUUGCUUCCCAUCUUCCUACAUUUUGAUUGACAGGCAUCCAUGCCGUCAUGAUCCUUCACAUGUUGUCACCCACAGAAUACAAGCUAGUGUAGUGGAAUUUGCUGCUAGUUUGUGUCAUUGUAAUUUUCCAAGGAAGACAAGCAGAUGGACAGAUAUUUUGAUGGUUGUUAAUUCAGUGGUUUCUCAGGAGAUAAUGUUUCAGAUACAUUCAAAAUGCUCACUUACAGAACCAUAUGUUGCUCAAGUAAUUGGGGAGUCACUUUAUGGUGAUGCUAUCAUAUUUGUUGGGAACAGCAUGGUCAUCCGAGACUUAGACAUGUUUGGCAAGGGUUGGACUGAUUACACUACAAAUGGAAAUAGCAUGAUAAUGCAUCAUUUUCCAGACUUUGUUGGCACAACAGUGGCUGGGAACAGAGGAGCAAGUGGCAUUGAUGGUUUGCUCAGCACAGCAAUUGGAUUUGCGGUUGGAUCAAACAAGCAUGUAUUCUGUGUGGUUGGCGACAUGUCCUUUCUUCAUGACACAAAUGGAUUGGCACUUCUCAACCAAAGGGCACCGAGGAAACCUAUGACGAUAAUCGUUGUUAACAAUCAUGGUGGUGCAAUCUUCAGCUUUCUACCAAUUGCGGAAAAUACUUCACCACAAAUUUUGAAGAAAUUCUUCUACACAUCGCAUGACAUAUCAAUUUCCAACCUCUGUGCUGCACACAGGGUAAAGCAUUUUCUAGUUCAAACAAAAGCAGAGCUUCAUGAUGCCUUGGUGAAAUCCAAAGAGGAACAGAUUGAUUGUGUGGUAGAAGUAGACAAUAGCAUUGAUAGCAAUGCCAACUUUCAUAGAAUUAUGAAUAUGUUCUCUGCCUAUUCUACGACUCUGUAUCUGGAUUAUCUUCUGGGAGCUCCAUAUUUUAAGAGCGAGAUAAAUGACAUGCCUGUUGAUACAAUUCACGGAGCGGAAUACAUGCUGUACAGAAUCCAGCUUUCUGCACCACGUACUUCAGGGCUUUCUGAUGACAGAUUCUCUCAUGAAGGAAUUAUUCUGAAGCUUCAUGUGGAUGAUAACAUUGCAGGAUUUGGAGAGGUUGCACCAAUUGAAAUUCAUGAGGAGGAUCUGUUGGAUGUCGAAGAGCAACUUAGGUUUAUUUUCCACAUGAUGAAAGAUUGUGUGCUAGAUGUUAUUCCUUUGCUGAAAGGGUCUUUCUCCAAUUGGAUAUGGACAAGCCUUGGGAUUCCUCCUUCUUCAAUAUUCCCAAGCGUUAAAUGCGGAUUGGAGAUGGCCAUUCUCAAUUUACUUGCAUCACAACGGAAAUGUGGAUGGUCCAAAGUUCUUGCUGGUUCCGACCCCUUAGUACAAGAUCAGAACAGUUCUGCAAGCAUAGAGAUAUGUGCAUUAGUAGACUGCAAUGGUACUCCAAUGGAAGUAGCACUUGCUGUAGCCAAACUGGUCGCUGAAGGUUUUACCACAGUUAAACUGAAGGUUGGGCGUCGUGAAAGCCCCAUUGAGGAUGCAGCUGUCCUUCAUAAAAUAAGAGAAGUUGUAGGGUACCAAAUCAAUAUCCGUGUUGAUGCAAACCAGAAAUGGACAUAUGAACAGGCAGUUGAAUUUGGAUCAAGAGCAAAAGGCCUUCGUUUGGAAUACAUUGAGGAACCAGUGAGCUCUGUAAAUGAUCUCAUCAAGUUCUGUGACAAGAGUGGCUUGCCUGUUGCACUAGAUGAGACUAUUGACAACCUUAAGGGAGAUGUAAUCCCUAAGCUUCAUCAAUUUGUGCAUCCAGGAAUAGUUGCUCUUGUUAUUAAACCCAGUGUUGUUGGUGGUUUUGAGAAUGCAGCUCAUAUAGCAAAAUGGGCUCAGAUGCAUGAUAAGAUGGCUGUCAUCAGUAGUGCAUAUGAGAGUUCUGUAGGUUUGGCAUCCUAUAUACAGUUAUCACAUUAUGUUGACCAACAAAACUCCAUAGUCUCCAGAAUAAAGAACAAAGGUACAUGUGGGGUGGCCGCUCAUGGACUUGGAACAUAUAAAUGGUUAAGGGAAGAUGUAUCAGAGCAAAAGUUAAAUAUCCAUGCAACCCCACUUGGUGACGGGAUUCGAACUUCAGUAGAAGAUGCCCAUCGUUAUCUUCACCAUUUAAAUAUAAGCAGCAAUAAGAUAGAAAGGACAUAUAGUGAAGAAAAACUGAGGUCAUAUUCUAUCCAAGUUGACGUGGACGAUUGUUCUUAUAUAGUCAAACUUCAAGAGGCCGGUGAUCAUACAAAUGAAAAGGUUGUUCUUUUACUUCAUGGAUUUCUUGGUACGAGUGACGACUGGGUUCCCAUGAUGAAAGCUCUCUCCCCCAGUGCACGGGUCAUUGCUGUUGAUCUUCCUGGUCAUGGCGAGUCACAAAUGCUGCAGCAUCAUGUUGAAAAUUCAGAACAAUAUCUGGUUACAGUUCAAUCAGUUGCAGAUUUGUUGCUAAAGUUGGUAGGUCAAAUAACUGAUGGUGAGGUGGUUGUUGUUGGCUAUUCAAUGGGUGCAAGGAUUGCACUCCAUAUGGCACUAAAUCAAGUUCACCAGAUUCGUGGAGCUGUGAUCAUAUCAGGAAGUCCUGGAUUGAGAGAUGAAGAAAGUAGAAGACGUCGUAUUGCUGUUGAUGGAUCAAGAGCUAAGUUCCUGAUGUCCUGUGGACUCGAUUGCUUUCUGGAGACAUGGUACUCAGCAAAAAUGUGGACCAGUCUACGAGAGCAUCCAAAGUUCAAUUCUUUAGUGAGGACACGCAGUAAACACAAGAACAUCAAAGCUCUAGCUAAGGUUCUUGCAGACUCAAGUGUGGGGAGACAAAAGUCCCUGUGGGAAGACUUGAAACACUUGAAGAGGCCUCUACUCAUCGUUGCAGGUGAAAAGGACACGAAAUUUAAAGACAUCUCACAGAGAAUGUGCAGCGAGAUAACACAGCACGCUGAGUGUGGAUCUGGUGGUCGGGAUGGAAACGAGCUCUGUGACGUGAUCAUCAUCCCAGAUAGCGGCCACGCUGUGCAUGUUGAGAACCCUCUUCCUUUGGUAAGGGCCGUGAGGAAGUUCUUACAGAAGCUGCACUGAUAACAUCUGAGCUGCGCAGAUCAUGAGUCUUCAGGUUUGUUGGAGUUGUCCUCGGAUGCAGGGGGGAGCUCUUCGCUCUACAUUUCACUUUGCCUGGGUAAAUUGUCAAUUUUUCUUCCAGAAAAUGCCAGGGUUUUGUGUC